UGAUCGCCGGAUUGCCCUGGUUUUUCUGCCCUGGCUCGCGUUUCUUGUUAAUUUUAGCCAAAAAAACAGCUUUUUUGGGCCUAUUUCGUUUUGCUGCCAAUAAAAGACGACAACAUGAUUAGCUUUCUGUUCAUUCUAAAUCGCGCACUUAGCAGCAGCAGCCGCAAAAUGUCGCAAGGCCCACGCCCGCUUGUACUUUGUGGCCCCUCCGGUUCCGGCAAGAGCACGCUGCUGAAACUUUUAUUUGCCGAGUUCCCCAACACAUUUGGCUUCAGCGUCUCCCACACCACGCGCAGGCCGCGUGAGGGCGAGGAGGAUGGUGUGCACUAUUAUUUCGUGGAGAGAGCCGACAUGGAGCAGGCCAUCGCCAGUGAUGAGUUCAUUGAGACGGCCGAGUUCACUGGGAAUCUGUAUGGGACCAGCAAGGCGGCCGUACGCGAGAUCCAGAAGCAGGGACGCGUCUGCAUACUGGACAUUGAGCAGAAGGGAGUGGAGCAGAUUCGGAAAACCGAUCUCAAUCCCAUACUGAUCUUCAACAAUCCCCCAACGAUCCAAGAGCUGGAGCGUCGACUGCGUCUACGUGGCUCCGAAACUGAGGAGACGUUGCGCAAGCGAGUCAACGCCGCCGAGGUGGAGAUCAGCUACGGCCUGACGCCAGGAAACUUCCACAAGAUCAUCAACAAUGUGGACAUUGAAGUGGCCUACAGGGAGUUUCGCGAUUUCGUUGUCCAGGAGCUGAAGCAGCAGGAGGAAGAUGGCAUCAGCAUUAGCCUCAAUUAAUUGACUUUACUUGACUUAUCCCUCGGGUGCAACGAUAUUACUGGACAUUUACUCAUGGCAUUUCUACUUAAGCGUCCAAUCUUAUUUAUUAUCCUCGUGUACCCCACACACACACACACUGCUUUGUUGUGCAAUUAGUUGUUGUAUUUUUUAAGCUGAAAGUUGUUGCGGUGCUUCACGCUCUGGCACUUGGAGCCAAUUAAAACGGAAUCAAUAAAGCAAACAGCUUUUGGUUUUGUAUUCA